AAUCCCCUGGAUCAUCAAUGUUAAUAAAUGAAAGCUUUAGACUUCAUACAUAAGCUUUCAAAACAUCAUCCCUGACAUUUAUUUUAUGCAGCUCUUUCAUGCAUUAAUCAAGAUUACAACAGACAGGUCAAUCUUACCCACUCCACAAAUUAAUUUUUGUAAAUUUGCAAAGUAAUCUYAUAUAAUUCAUAAACAUUAUAAAAAGUCCAUUGGUUUAAAGCAAUCACUGAAUUUUCAUUAUUACAACAGUGGCUAGUUGCUAAUGUCUUGGACUUCCAAUUUACACUUGGGCUUCAUUCAUUACGUGACUUAUCUAUUAUGCAGCCCGAGUAAGCGCUCUAAGAGCGUUCUGGUAGUUACAUAAAUAUGCCAGUUUUAAUUGUCAUGCUAUAUAAACUAAGACUGUGCAUGCUCUCAUCUUGACGAUAUUAUUUAUUAUUUACCAAGUAUUAAAAUAAAGGACACAUAUCUCAGUUCGUCUUACCGUAAGCUUUAUGCACUCCGCGACAUCUUGCUUUCGAGAUCUUGAGCCGAUUCCUCUACUGGAAUUUAUUAUGUCCAAAGAAAGCAUUGCCAUGAUAAACCACUUGCAAUAAAAAUAAUAACUAUUUCCAACUCUUAUUGGUUCAAAAAAAUUGCUUUUACAAAGCAUWACAGAUUGAUUAGGAGCGAAAGAAGCAAGACGUACUCGUCUCAAACUUGUUUGGCUCCGUUUCGCGCGUUUUCUCGUUGAUUUUGUGCACAGGCGUUCCUUGCUUACUGACCAGCCCCUCACGGUAAAUACGCACAAUUCAAAGAUGGCAGCCAAGAAAAUUUCUCAUGAGAAGUAUCUGCGCGUUUCAAAGAAAGACCUUUUGAAGAUCAUGUCUGAUUAUAGAGAAAUUAAAAUUUUGAUUCCAAAGUUGUUCAAUUCAGAAUUGAUGAAAUCAUCUAGCAAGCUUGCAGCCAACACUAAAGAGAUUCAGCAGCUCCACAGUGAAAAUCGCUAUCUCAGAGCAGAGUUAGAAAGCUUGAAACAGCAAAGUACAAAAGAAAAAGAGCUCUAUGAUAAACGAUUUAAUAACUUGWUGUGUGACUAUGAUAGGGGAAGAGAGGAAAAGUUCAAACUCAAGUGCCAAGUUACUGACCUCAAUCAAAAGCUCUCAGACCAAUCAGAUUUCUGCUCKACUAUGGGUUCCACUGUCUGUACAUUACUGUGGAGAAUAUCUAGAAAACAAGAGUCUGUAUCAACUCUACUUGAAGGGACAAAGGCAGAAGAUCUUUUACURGUCACACACAAAACCAUUCUUAGCUACUUUGUGACAUGUGGGAACGACAAUGGUUGUGAAAUCAAGCCUGAGGAGUUUGAAUUUGUACUUGCGUUGUGUGGUAUUUUUACAAAUAUUGCUGCUUCYCCAUGUGGGAGAGAGUUUUUAAUCAACCAAUCAAAUGGGAGACUGCUGAUUGAUGACUUUGUGACAUCACUUGAGAAGGUCCCACCCAGAUGCAAUGUCAAGAUGCGGAGUUUGAUCCUGAUGAUGCUUUACAACAUAAGCAUCAAUUUUCGAGGUCUACAAUUCCURAUAGCCAAACGAUCGCUACUGCCACUACUUCUUAAACUCAUUCAAGAGGAAAAUGACUUUGAACUAAGGCUAAACUCAGCGAGGCUGCUUCAAUCGAUUGUAAUGGAACCAGAGUGCUUGUCAGUAGACAAUCUACAGGAGAUACAGAUGACAUUGUUAGAAAUUAUAGAAGAUCUGCAAAACCACCCAUCAACGCUGCAGUAG